UCCUUCUCAUCCGGGCUAUUGAAAGAAGAGAAGAUGACAAUGUUCUCUCCUGAGUUCAAAUUCGAGGCUUCCAAAGUCACCAGAAAUUCCUUGGACAACUGUUUUCUGUUUGAGAGCAGUUGGAGAAAAGCAGUUUUGGAAACACAGAAGAUGAGGAAGGCAUUUGGUCUAGAAGAGCCUAAAGAAUGUCUCAAAAUGCCAUAUUUACCAGAACUGCCAAGCUGCCCAAAGAGCUUAAGUUCAACUCCGCUAGAGAUCCAUAAGCACUUGCUACAUGCUGAGACUGAGAUCCCUCCCAUCAGGAUUAAGAAGACCAAAGAGUCAUGCAGCAUGACAGCACUUCAGGAGAAGUCCAAAGGCUCUGUCUUCAGUGACCCUUUCUCAGGAGCUCCCUCUCAGUUUCUGCAGAGACUGUCCCGAAUGGCCAUACUGGAAUACGACACUAUUCGCCAGGAAACACACAAGAAAUCACGGCGAGGCAAGAAGCGGGAUCUCCGAGACUGCUGAGGGUCGCGCACCAUGCACCACACACCAUGCACCAUGCACCACGCCAUGCUUCUCCCCUGCGCUGUAGUUCACAUUCGUCAUGUUUCUUUUUCUUUCUUUCAUUCUUUUUUGAUAUGCGAUAUGAUAGACAUACAAAUGGAAAUGUAAAUAGCAAAUAAAUAUUUUAUGUUAUA